AUGGAUACUUCCAGGCCUAACACUGACUCCAGCCUGGAGGCCUACACCACGCUGUUGGAAUGGAUGUCCAAGCAUGGCGGCCACAUUCAUGAGAGCGUACAGAUAGCCAAGGAUGAACGUCGCGGCGUCCACUUGCAGGUGAAAGCUGAUUGCAGAGAUGGGCUACCCAGCAGUACGAAUGUGAUCAAGACUCCGCUGGCCGCCACACUGUCGUACUUCAACGCCAUUGAGCACCGCAGCGCUGCCACGGAGAAUGAAAAGGCUCCCGUCUCGUUCUCCGCACAUGGGCUUCACUUCCCUCGGAGUUUUGUGGACGCUGCUGGCCCGGAUGAGACGGCGAUAUUUUUUCUUAUUGGUCAGUAUCUGCGCGGGAGCGAGGGCUUCUGGUACCCUUAUAUCUGCACGCUGCCUCAGCCAGGCGAUCUGACUACGCCUCUGUAUUAUGAGGGGGCGGAUCUGCGGUGGCUGGAGGGGACGAGUCUGGCUCCUGCGAGGGAGCAGAAGGAGUCGUUGCUGAAGGAGAAAUAUCAGAGUACGUUUGAGGAGCUGCGUAAGUCGGGUUUUGGAGACGCGGAGAAGUAUACAUGGGAGCUGUAUCUCUGGGCAUCGACGAUUUUUGUUUCGCGCGCAUUCUCUGCCAAAGUGCUGGCGGGUGUCGUUCCCCAUGCGGAACUCCCCGAGGAAAAUGUCUCGGUGCUUCUGCCUUUCAUUGAUGUCUUGAACCACCGGCCAUUGGCCAAGGUGGAAUGGCGUGCUGGAGAGCGUGAUGUGCUCUUUGUUGUUUUGGAGCAUGUUGCCGCUGGCGAGGAGGUAGCGAAUAAUUAUGGGCCUCGAAAUAACGAGCAACUGAUGAUGAACUACGGUUUCUGUCUCCAGAACAACCCGUGUGACUAUCGCACCCUCAGCUUACGGGCGCCCCCGGGAAGUCCCCUGCAGGACGCCAAACAGGCCCAGCUGGAGAUGUUCCCAUCCCGAGAGAAGGACGAUCAUUAUUAUGUUUUCAAUAUCUUCUACCCUUUGCUCGCUCCAGACACGUCAAUGGAGCACGCGAUCUUCUCCCCGGCGCUGCUCAAUGCCGUCUCGGUUCUGGCUGCAAACUCCCGAGAGUUGGAGACACUGGAGGUCUCUGAGCACGAGAUCCGACUGACACAAGCAUAUGCACGCACGAGGCCCAUCCUCGCUGCUCUGGGCCAGGUGAUUAUCGAAUUGAUCACGCACAUUGUAAGGCUGAAGGCCUCCGCGGAUGGCCUGGACAACCCGACGAACCUGAAACAAACACACGCGAAGAUCUACCGCGACAGUCAGAUCAUGCUGUCCCAGACCGCUCUGGUGAUUGCGGCGUGGACGCUCAACCGGGCUCUCCAGCAUAACGUCGGCAGCUCCUGGGAGGAGACCAAGCAGCUUCUUGCGGCGCACAUGGCCCGUGUGCCCGCUGGUCUUUUCCCCGAAGAAGUGCGUUCGAGGAUUCAAUUCCGGAUCCUGGAGCGACCUUCGCUAGUGAAAAAUAACGGAGAGCUAUUUACUCCAGGGGAAUUGUCUGGGCUGUUCGCGGCAGACAUGCAGAAGCCGUGCAAGGCCUUCAUCGACGCCGCCACUACCGCGGGCUGGGAGGGACAACCUGGGCCAUCGCCCUUCGUGUUUCCUAUAUUCCUUUGUUUGGUUGUGGGUAUCCAUCGCACUGAUACAGGCGCAAGCAUGCUCUCACCCCGGCUGAAAACAUGGGUCAGUUUCUUGCUGGAGAAAUACGAGUCUCUUCCGCCGUCGUCAGAGGAGCUACUCAGUCUACCCGACCCCGAGGAGGAGGAACUCCUGACCGGUCUAGACGAACAUAUCGAGCGAUGCAAGUCUGAUCGCAAGUGGGUUUCCCUGCUGUCUGAUCUGGAGGCGUAUACUGGAGACUGGCGGUCCGUGGACUGGUGGCUUUCGCCCAACUCCUUGCGAUGGGCGUGGAUGGUGGUGCAGGAGGAGACGGUGCAGAUUCCGGAGGAUCCACUGGGACUGCUGGUGGCCGCAGAGGCGGGAGGAUCGGUGCAGCUGGCGACGGAGAGUUAUUUGUACGUUGCAGGGGAGGUGUAG